AUGAAGAUGGGGAAUUAUUCUGCAGUGACUGAAUUCCUUCUGGUGGGGCUUUCUCAAUACCCAGAACUACAGCAUUUUCUCUUUGUGCUCUGCCUCAUCAUGUACAAGAUUAUCCUACUAGGAAACAGUCUCCUCAUUAUCAUCAGCAUCCUGGAUCCUCGCCUCCAUACCCCUAUGUACUUCUUUCUUGGAAAUCUUUCAUUCUUAGACAUCUGUUACACAUCACCAUUCAUUCCACCAAUGCUUGUUAUGUUUAUGUCAGAGAGAAUAUCCAUCUCCUUUCUUGGUUGUGCCCUGCAGAUGGUUAUCUCCCUUGGCUUGGGCUCCACUGAAUGUGUUCUCCUGGCUGUGAUGGCCUAUGACAGGUAUGUAGCCAUCUGCAACCCACUGAGGUACCCCAUCAUCAUGAACAAGGUGUUAUACAUGCACUUGGCUGCGUGGUCCUGGGCUAUAGGCUACAUGAACUCCUUAGUGCAAACAGUCAUUGCAAUGGUGUUGCCUUUCUGUGGUAACAAUGUUAUUGAUUAUCUUACCUGUGAGAUCCUGGCUCUUCUAAAACUAGUGUGCUCAGAUAUAUCAAUGAAUGUGCUUAUUAUGACAGUGGCAAGUAUUAUUAUACUGGUGGUUCCUCUGCUGUUAAUUUUUGUAUCCUAUAUUUUCAUUCUCUCUUCCAUCCUAAGAAUUGAUUCUGCUGAGGGGAGAAAAAAAGCCUUUUCUACCUGUUCAGCCCACCUGACUGUGGUGAUCUUAUUCUAUGGGUCAGCCCUUUUUAUGUACACGAAACCCAAGUCAAAGAACACCAAAGUAUCUGAUGAAAUCAUUGGACUGUCCUAUGGAAUGAUAACCCCAAUGUUGAAUCCCAUCAUCUAUAGCCUGAGGAAUAAGGAAGUAAAAGAGGCUCUGAAGAAAAUUUUGAAAAGACACUUGCAUCUAACAAAAAUAUGA